UUUGCGAUGCUUGGUUGAUUGAUGCUCUCUCUCUCUCUCUCUCUCUCUCUCACUUCGAACUGGCAGGUCCAAGCGCUAGCGAGAAGAAUCUCUGAGCAGAAUAUAUGCACAUGCAUAUAUAUAUAUAUAUUGUGCACACACGUGUAUAGCUAGACAGCGAGUUUGAGAACGAAGGUUGAAACAAGGGAGAGAUCGAAUAAGGUUUUGGAAAAUCGCGAAGAAGUGAUGGAUAGUGGAAUUCGAGGGCAACCGGAGGAGAGAGUUUCGGAGGUUGAUCAGGUCUCGCACCUCGCCGUGGACAUUGGAGGCUCUCUCAUCAAAUUGGUGUAUUCUUCAAGUAAUGAAACUAGUGGGGUUGAGAAGGGGGAAACGGCUUCCGAUGAUAUUCUGGAAGUUUCUAAUGGUAGUGACAACUAUCCAAUCCAUUAUGGUAGGCUCCAUUUUGCAAAGUUUGAGACGAGCAAAAUCAAUGACUGCUUAGAAUUUAUUUCAUCAAAGCAGCUUUGUCGAUCUGGUAGUUGGCAUCAUGUGACGUCUGAUAAUCACAGGAUCGCUAUAAAGGCCACAGGUGGUGGAGCUUACAAGUUUGCUGACCUAUUCAAAGAGAAGCUUGGUGUUAGCCUUGACAAGGUAGAUGAAAUGGAUUGUCUUGUGGCUGGAGCAAAUUUUCUUCUUAAGGCAGUCUGCCAAGAAGCUUUUACUUACAUGGACGGCCGUGAGGAGUAUGUGCAGAUUGACCAUAAUGAUUUGUACCCUUAUCUUCUUGUGAAUAUAGGAUCUGGUGUUAGCAUGAUAAAGGUAGAUGGAGAUGGAAAGUUUGAGCGAGUAAGUGGAACAAGUGUUGGUGGUGGCACUUUUUGGGGCCUUGGACGGCUUUUAACCAAGUGCAAGAGUUUUGAUGAGUUGCUAGAGUUGAGCUAUAGUGGAAAUAAUAGGGUUAUAGACAUGCUUGUUGGAGACAUCUAUGGGGGAACGGACUACACAAAGAUUGGCCUCUCAUCAACAACCAUUGCUUCCAGUUUUGGAAAGGCCAUCUCUGAAAAUAAAGAGCUCCAAGACUACAGACCUGAGGAUGUAUCCCGAUCCCUACUAAGAAUGAUCUCAAAUAAUAUUGGGCAGAUUGCUUAUUUGAAUGCUCUUCGUUUUGGACUCAAGCGGAUAUUCUUUGGAGGCUUUUUCAUUCGUGGUCAUCCAUAUACCAUGGAUACAAUUUCUGUUGCAGUUCAAUUCUGGUCCAAGGGAGAGGCAGAGGCAAUGUUUUUACGGCACGAAGGAUUUCUUGGAGCGUUAGGAGCAUUCGUGAGCCAUGAAAGUCACAGUUUGGGGACAUCAUGAUCCUACAGCGCUGACAUUAAAGUUUUACAUGAGAGGUCACAAAAUAUCUGGCAGAUUUGUAACAUUGAAAGUGGUGAAAGAAUUACUUUAACUCCACGGGAUUCACAAACGAUCGAUAUUAUGUAUGCGUGCUUAAUGUUCCAAUCACUGGGGGACAUUAGACCCCACAAAUGUCCUCCGCGGAAUCCUUCUUUGGCUAAGAAAAGAAUAAAGAUGAGAGAAAUCGAGACGACUGGGGAGCCCAUUGAGCUGGUUUGAUUGCAAACGAUGAAUGGACAUAUUCACACGGAAUCCAACUUUCACUGGGUAGGUAUUCACCUCUUUAGUCUUUAAUUUAAUUGUCGUUGGAACUUUAGGGCUAUUAAACAAAUCGUUGAACAUAUUAUAUUUAAAGCAUCGAAAUGAUCACCUCUCAUUAUUGAUGCUGCAAUAAUGCAAUGAGGGAACCUAAAUCCCACCCAAACUAUGAUUAAGGACUCCACUCUUUAAUUGUAUAUUUCAUACAAUGCUUGUUACAUGAUUGCAACACCAGCACGUUUGCUACUUUGGGACUUCCCUUUUUUCUUGGAUAAUAAAGAAAACUCGUGGGAUCAAAGAC